AUGCCACUGCUAUUCAAGGGACUGAAACAGAUGGCGAAACCAAUUGCCUAUGUUUCAAGAUUUUCAGCGAAACGUCCAAUCCAUAUAAUAUUGUUUUCCUUGAUCAUAUCUGCAUUUGCUUAUCUCUCCGUCAUUCAGUAUUAUUUCAAUGGUUGGCAGCUAGAUUCAAACAGUGUUUUUGAAACUGCCCCAAAUAAAGACUCCAACACUCUUUUUCAAGAGUGUUCUCACUACUACAGAGAUUCUUCUCUGGAUGGUUGGGUAUCGAUCACUGCACAUGAAGCUAGUGAAUUAACAGCCCCUCACCAUUACUAUCUACUAAACCUAAAUUUUAAUAGUCCAAACGAAUCCGCAUGCAUUCCAGAACUACCUUACACCGUUUUUGCAAAGGAAAAUACAAAGUACAUAUUACAAGAAGAUCUUGAUGUUUCCAAAGAAGUCUCCUCUGCGGAUGGAACAAAAUGGAGAUUAAGGAACGACAGAAAAAGUCUUUUCGACGUAAAGACGUUAACAUAUUCUCUCUAUGAUGUAUUCUCAAAAAAUGUAACACAGGCGGAUCCAUUUGAUGUUCUCAUUAUUGUUACCGCCUACUUAAUGAUGUUCUACACUAUAUUUGGCCUCUUCAAUGACAUGAGAAAAAGCGGGUCAAAUUUCUGGUUAAGCGCUUCCACCGUAGUCAAUUCAGCAUCAUCACUUUUCUUAGCGUUGUAUGUUACACAGUGUGUUCUAGGUAAAGAAGUUUCUGCACUGACACUUUUUGAGGGUUUACCUUUUAUUUUAGUCGUUGUUGGCUUUAAGCACAAAAUCAAGAUUGCUCAAUAUGCCUUGGAAAAAUUUGAAAGAGUUGGUUUAUCUAAAAGAGUCACUACUGAUGAAAUUGUUUUUGAAGCCGUAGGAGAGGAAGGCGGUCGUUUGAUUCAAGACCAUUUGCUUUGUAUUUUUGCCUUCAUUGGUUGCUCCAUGUAUGCUCAUCAAUUGAAAACUUUGAAAAACUUUUGCAUAUUAUCAGCAUUCAUUCUAAUCUUUGAAUUAGUUUUAACUCCUACAUUCUACUCUGCUAUCUUAGCUCUCAGACUGGAAAUGAACAUCAUUCACAGAUCCACCAUCAUCAAGCAAACAUUAGAAGAAGAUGGCGUUGUUCCAUCCACAGCAAGAAUUAUUUCCAAGGCAGAAAAGAAAUCUAUAUCUUCUUUUUUGAAUCUCAGCGUGGUCGUCAUUAUCAUGAAGCUCUCAGUCAUACUACUAUUUGUCUUCAUCAACUUUUACAAUUUUGGUGCAAACUGGGUCAACGAUGCUUUCAAUUCUUUAUACUUCGACAAGGAGCAUGUUUCUUUACCAGAUUUCAUUACUUCAAACAACUCUGAAAACUUCAACGAACAGGCUAUUGUUAGUGUCACCCCAUUAUUGUAUUACAAACCUAUUAAAUCCUACCAACGUAUUGAAGACAUGAUACUUCUAUUACUUCGUAAUGUUAGUGUUGCCAUUCGUGAUAGGUUCAUUAGUAAAUUGGUUCUUUUUGCCUUAGUGUGCAGCGCUUUCAUCAAUGUUUAUUUGUUAAAUGCAGCUAGAAUCCAUACCAGUUAUACAGCCGACCAAUUAGUAAAGAAUGAAUCUACUAAGAAAUCUUCUGCCACUUCUGUAUCAAAAGCUUCUACUACACCAGUUUUAACCAAUAAAACUGCUAUUGUCGGAUCAAAAUCGACAGUUUCAGCAUCGAUGCAAUCAGUGUCAUUAACCUCCUCAUCGUCUAGCGAAGAGGAUGAUUCUCGUGAUAUUGACAGCUUAGACAAAAAGAUCCGUCCUUUAGAAGAACUAGAAAAACUAUUGAGCAGUGGAAAUACAAAACAAUUAAAAAAUAAAGAAGUUGCUGCGUUGGUUAUUCACGGUAAGUUACCUUUAUAUGCUUUGGAGAAAAAAUUGGGAGACACUACAAGAGCUGUUGCGGUACGUAGAAAGGCUCUUUCCAUUUUGGCCGAAGCCCCUGUUUUAGCAUCUGACCGUUUGCCUUAUAAAAACUAUGAUUAUGAUCGUGUAUUUGGCGCCUGUUGUGAAAAUGUUAUUGGUUAUAUGCCAUUACCAGUAGGAGUUAUCGGCCCCUUGGUCAUCGACGGUACAUCUUAUCAUAUCCCAAUGGCAACUACAGAGGGUUGUUUGGUAGCUUCUGCUAUGCGUGGUUGUAAAGCUAUUAAUGCUGGUGGUGGUGCAACAACCGUUUUAACUAAGGAUGGUAUGACAAGAGGCCCAGUGGUUCGUUUCCCUACAUUGAAAAGAUCGGGUGCCUGCAAGAUAUGGUUAGACUCCGAAGAGGGACAAAACACAAUUAAAAAAGCUUUCAAUUCUACAUCAAGAUUUGCACGUUUACAACAUAUUCAGACUUGCCUAGCGGGCGAUUUGCUUUUCAUGAGAUUUAGAACUACCACUGGUGACGCAAUGGGUAUGAACAUGAUAUCCAAAGGUGUUGAAUACUCUUUAAAGCAAAUGGUAGAGGAGUACGGCUGGGAAGAUAUGGAAGUUGUUUCAGUUUCUGGUAACUAUUGUACUGAUAAAAAACCAGCCGCCAUUAACUGGAUCGAAGGUCGUGGUAAGAGUGUCGUUGCAGAAGCUACUAUUCCUGGUGAUGUUGUUAGAAAAGUGUUGAAGAGUGAUGUUUCCGCAUUGGUUGAAUUGAACAUUGCGAAGAACUUGGUUGGAUCUGCAAUGGCUGGAUCUGUUGGUGGAUUUAACGCACAUGCUGCUAACCUAGUGACAGCCGUCUUCUUGGCUUUGGGACAAGAUCCUGCACAAAACGUUGAAAGUUCCAACUGUAUAACAUUGAUGAAAGAAGUCGAUGGUGAUUUGAGAAUUUCCGUAUCCAUGCCAUCUAUAGAAGUAGGUACCAUCGGUGGUGGUACUGUUCUAGAACCACAAGGUGCCAUGCUAGACCUAUUGGGUGUAAGGGGCCCACAUGCUACUGCCCCUGGUACCAAUGCUCGUCAAUUAGCAAGAAUAGUUGCCUGUGCCGUCCUAGCAGGUGAACUAUCUCUAUGUGCUGCACUAGCAGCUGGCCACUUGGUUCAAAGUCAUAUGGCGCACAACAGGAAACCUGCCGAAUCAACUAAACCUAAUAAUUUGGAUGCCACUGAUAUCAAUCGUUUGAAGGAUGGGUCCGUCACCUGCAUUAAAUCUUAA